AUGUCGAAGAACCUUCCAAUGAAAGACCAGGAAUAUGCAAAGAAAAUAGAUGAAGAUUACUGGUCAGGAUUAUCAGAACCAAAACCAAGAUUCUUUAUAUGGAAUGACUGCACGCAGCUAGAUGGAACUCAUAGUUCUGAGGAUUUUAAAAUGUUUAAAGAAGAAGGUUACAAUCAAAAUGAACUAUGUUAUCUGAUUAAGAAAGAUUCCCUUAAGUGGGAGAGUAAAAAAUGUGAAGAAGUACAUAUUUUUGCAUGUGAAAAGAAAAUACAAGGAGAAUGUGGUCGAUCAAAUAUUUUAAGUUCCAGCAAGGAAAAAACGUUUCCCAAUAUAUCUACUAGUCUGUGUGAGAAAGAGUGCGCUGCUCGUCCUUCGUGUUGGUCUGGGAUAUCUACAGAGGAAGGGCUUUGCAUUUUACUGAAAACACGCAAUGACGCAGAUCCUUUAUCAGAAGUCACUAUAUUCAAAAAAAAUUGUGUAAAAGUUGAUGUACUAAGCAAUCACGACCCUCUUAUAACACAACAAAACAAAGAUGUUCAGCCAUUGCUCAAUUGCUCAGCUGUGCCUAUAACAGAUGUGACCAUUUCAUAUCUGCCAGAGAUUUCAGAGUCCACCUCAUUAAUGUCAGACAUUUCUGCAACACCAUGUUAUAUAUAUGAAACAUUGAAUAUGAUGCAAAUUGAAUUGAUUAUAACAUUAAGCGUAAUAGGUUUCGCUACUUCUAAAACUGGUUAUGUGGAGACAAAUGAAGUAAUUGGAAUUGACUUUGGAACCUCUUUUGUAAGCGUCGGUAUAUAUCGACAUGGCACAGUUGAAGUAAUACCAAAUGAGUAUGGAAAUAGAAUGACUCCAACAUAUGUACUAUUCACUGAAACAGGUGACUGUAUAAUAGGAGAACUUGCAUACCUGAAAACUGGCCAUAAUCCUAAAAACAAAAUUUAUAAUUUAAAAAGAUUAUUAGGUAGAACUUGGGAUGACAAUUUCGUUCAAAACCUAUUAGCAACAGUUCCAUAUGAUCUUGCUUAUGUAAAUAACAAACCAUAUGUUCAAAUAAAUCUGCGAAACAAAACAAUACAAUUUUCUCCGGAGGAAAUAAGCGCGAUGUUUCUUGUCCAAAUGAAGCAAUUAGCAGAACAAUACUUACAUGGUACCAUCAAAGACGCUGUAAUAACUGUACCAGCAUAUUUCAAUGAUCAACAAAGACAAGCAGUUAAGGAUGCUAGUGCUAUUGCUGAAUUAAAAGUUCGAAGACUAAUCAGUGAACCAACUGCGGCAGCGAUGUCAACCCGUAUUCACAACACAGAAGGAGAAAAUAUGAUUUUCGUUUUAGAUCUUGGUGGAGGAACAGUUGAUGCAUCAAUAAUACAACAGUAUGACGGAUUUUACAAAGCCAUUGCAACAGUGGGAAACACCAGUUUGGGCGGAGAGAACUUUAAUGAGCGAGUAUAUUCUCAAUUUAUAAAUCAAUAUAUAAAACGAACUGGCAAAAAAUUUCCAUACCAGAGAAUUGAUAUGAAAGUACGGCGAGAAAUCGAAAGAGCCAAAAGAGCGUUAUCGUCAGUAUCAGAAACCAUGAUUGAAAUCAAUUCGAUUUAUCCAGGUGAAGAUUUUUCGUGGAAGUUGACAAGAGAGCAUUUUAAGCAUCUUUGCAAAGAUUUGUUUUCGGCAAUCAUGUCGUUGGUUAAUAAAGCAAUGGCAUAUGCGAAAACAGACAAACACGACAUAACUGACAUAUUGUUAGUUGGAGGAUCAUCAAAAAUGGGAACCAUAAAAUAUUUACUGUCAAAAUAUUUUAAAAAGACACCUCGUUCUGAUAUUAGUCCUGAUGAAGCAGUAGUAUAUGGGGCAGCGGUCCAAGCCGGAAUAUUGAAAAGGGAUUAUGGUACCGAAGACAUUUUGUUGCACGACAUCUAUCCUAUGACGCUUGGUUUCGAGGCCGCAGGUGGGAAAAUGGCUGCAAUCAUAAAACGUAACACACCUAUACCAUACAUUAAUAGUCAUAUAGCAACAACUGCAAAAGACAACCAACCAAAUGUAGAAAUUAAAGUAUACAGAGGCGAAAACUCACUUACUAAAGACAACGAGUUCAUGGGGAAGUUUGUAUUAUUCGAAAUACCAAUUCUUCCUAAAGGAGGACCUCAAAUCGAAGUCACAUUCGAAAUUGAUGUUGAUGGUUCUCUUACCGUCACAGCAGUUGACCUAAUUCUACAAAAACGUUGGUCGAUGCAAGAUUUAUCGCAAAGUAUUGUUUUUAGGGAUGGUUUCAAUAAGUUAUCUUCAUCUGAAGUAUCACAGAUGAGAAAAAGAAUUAGACCCUAUAUAGAAAACGAAAAGAAACGCAAAGAGAAAUUAAAUAUCAUUGAUGAAUUAGAAAGAGUUAUUUAUACAUGCCAUUAUAUUGUUCAAGAGAAAAUAGAUUGGUUAGAUGAUCUGUCGUCUUCAGUUGAUAUUACAGAAGUAGUACAACAACUGUUAGAUUUCAAAGAACGUUUACAGAAUAUAACAGACAUAAGUGCUACAAGAAUUAUUACGCCAAGCAGUAACAUCAAUCUUGAACAUAUUGAUAUUAGGGAAGAACUUGAGAAACACGUUUUCACUUUGCGAUAUAUCAUUCAAACAAAUAUGGAUUGGCUUGAACAUAAUCAUGAAGCAACUUUGGCAGAGCUGAUUUACCAGAAAAAUCGUUUUUACGACUUCGCAAAAGAAACAAUUGAUGAAUUGAGUUUUACAACACAUUUGAUGACAUAA